AUGCUGCGCGGAGCAACAACAGAAAAAGAAAUGGAUAAAAGAGAAGGGAUUAAUAAGGAGGCCGAUCUAGAAAUGCUUAAAAACACUGGAAGAUGGAUCAAAGGAAACAAAGUGAGAAGCGCAAAGAACACUCAAAUAUACAAUGGAGUAGAUUCAGAAACAUUUAAAAGGAUAGAUUAUAUAGAGAUACAUGCGCAAAAAGAAAGCACUGAUCGGCUAGUACAGAACAAGUGUAUUAUAGACAAAGAGUACUUGCCAAAUAUCAUUGCAGUUUGGGAGGACAAAGGCAUUCUUACAAUUAUCACAGAGCCGCGGGGAGAGAAGUUGCUUCCUUUGUUAUUUUCAAAUAAACCAAGUGAAGCACUUCCCACUCCCUUCCUAUGCAGUAUAUCCAGAAAAAUUCUUGUGGCAGUUAUAGAAUUGGAAAAAGACCAAAUAAAAAAUAGAGUCGCCAUGGACAGCAUAACAAUCUCAGAAGAUGGGAAGCUAUAUAUACACAGCGACUCGAUUUGGAGAGAUAUUAUUGAGGAUUGUGUCUCAGAGGCGCAGACUGAUGAUGAAAGAACGCGCGAGUUAGGAAUAAGUCUUCUUUCUCUGGGGACUGGAGAAGUGCUAAGCGACUUCACAAUGCUUUCAGAUGCAGAUAUGGAGAGUGAAGAGAUGCAGUAUAAAGUGCUUGCACAGGUUGUGAAGAUAAGCAUGCCUUGCUUUAAGGAAGUGGUGCUUUCUUUACUGGGCAGUAAGUACACUCCGCAUCUUCUAGAGGAAACUCUUGCCAUGCACUUUUUCUACCCAGAGGAGGAGCAAGAAAUUGAACCGUGUCGCUGCGAUGAAGAGGACUAUUUAGAUGGAGAAGGAAUUGAAGAAAUGUACUACAGCGACAGAGGACUUGAUCAGUUGCAGAAGAAAACAGAGGAAAUAUACGACUCUGAUGGCGGUGUUUCUGUAAAGGCAUCAACUCUUGACCAGACCAAGUUUGCAUUCCAGAUGCACUUUUUCAGAAGCAGCAAGAAAGUCUCUUUCUUCUUCAAUAAAAAUGCAGAUACAGUAGAAAGUGUGGUGAAGGAGAUGGAAGACGAGGGACUGGCCGAGGAAGGCGAAAUAGAGCUAAUAAAGGCUCACAUGGAGAAUUUAAUCAUUAAAAUAGGCGAAACAGGAGAAGAAGAGGAGAAUAAAGAAGAAAAGACUUCUGGUGAUGGGCAUAGCAGCAUACCAAGCACUCCGCAGACAGGCGAGGAAACAGAUAAAUUAAACAAAGAGAAAGAAGGAUCAGAGGCGGGAUCUGCAUGGGCAUUGACACCAACUGAAGGGUCUGAGGACAGCGGAGACGGCUAUAUAAAGGACUUUAAGAGCACACUGCCCAUAAGCGAGUUUGUCUUUGAGGUGGCAGUGUCUGCAAAAAGAGCAAAAAGCAUAGCAGAGGGAUGGAUAAGCCUUCUAAAAAAACAAGAUAUAAAAACAGUAGGAGACUUACGGAUGCUUACAGAAGAGGACUGGGAGAUGUUGGGGCUGCCAGUUUUUGCUUCUAGGGCCAUGAAGAAUGUUCUCUAUGGGAAGGCAUACACUCUAUUCAAAGAGAAAAUGCUAGGGAUAGAUGAAAGCAUGAAGGAGUAUGCAAAUGAAAGCACCGUAGAGGAUCUUUUUAUGGAAACUGCGCACAACCACGGAAGACCAGAGAUGUUUAACGUCUGGCUACAGAAGGUAAAGUGCCAGGAUAUAAGAACCGUUGGAGAGCUUAAGCUUCUGCGGGAAGAGGAUUGGGAGCAGCUUGAUCUGUCUGUCUUUUCCUACAGGGCAAUCCGAAAUGCAAUAUUUAGGCACUGCAAAUGCUAACCAGAUAAGAAUAAUCGUACA